GGCUGAGAUCUGAGGAUCACAGUUCAAAGUCAGCCCAGCUCUGAGACUUCCCUAUAAAAUGACUCAAGCAGAAAUUAAACUGUGUUCUUUGUUGCUUCAAGAGCAUUUCGGAGAGAUUGUAGAAAAAAUCGGAGCCCACCUAAUCAGAACUGGCAGUCAGCCACUUAGAGUAAUUGCCCAUGACACAGGAACAUCCGUGGAUCAGGUGAAAAAAGCCCUGUGUGUCCUCAUCCAGCAUAACCUGGUGAUAUACCAAGUGCACAAACGUGGCGUGGUGGAGUAUGAAGCCCAGUGCAGCCGGGUGUUGCGAAUGCUUAGGUACCCCCGGUAUAUCUAUACCACCAAAACGCUGUACAGUGACACUGGAGAGCUGAUUGUUGAGGAGCUCCUGCUGAAUGGCAAAAUGACAAUGUCCGCUGUUGUGAAGAAAGUGGCAGACCGGCUCACAGAGACCAUGGAGGAUGGCAAGACCAUGGACUAUGCUGAAGUAUCAAACACAUUUGUACGACUGGCAGACACACACUUUGUACAACGCUGCCCAUUGGUUCCUGACUCUGAGAACUUAGACACUGGGCCUCCACCACCUGCCCCUACCCUUGUCAUUCAUGAAAAGGACAUGUACCUGAUUCCUAAACUGACCCUGAUAGGGAAAGGCAAAAGGAGGAGAUCAUCUGAUGAGGAUGCUGCUGGGGAGCCCAGGGCCAAGAAGCGGAAACACACAGAUGACAGACAGCCCAUUCCAGACGAUGGGAUUUAUUGGCAGAUCAACCUGGACAGAUUCCACCAACACUUCAGGGACCAAGCUAUUGUGAGCGCAGUUGCCAACAGGAUGGACCAGACCAGCAGCGAGAUUGUGCGGACUAUGCUCCGGAUGAGUGAGGUCACCACUCCUUCCAGCGCCCCCUUCACCCAGCCGCUGUCUUCCAAUGAAAUCUUCAGAUCCCUGCCUGUUGGCUACAACAUCUCCAAGCAAGUUCUUGAUCAGUACCUCACUCUGCUGGCAGAUGAUCCACUAGAAUUUGUUGGAAAGUCUGGCGACAGUGGCGGAGGAAUGUAUGUCAUCAACCUGCAUAAAGCAUUAGCUUCCCUGGCCACCGCUACGCUGGAGUCUGUGGUACAGGAGAGAUUUGGUUCUCGUUGUGCCAGAAUAUUCCGUCUAGUUUUACAAAAGAAGCACCUGGAACAGAAGCAGGUGGAGGACUUUGCAAUGAUUCCGGCAAAAGAAGCAAAGGACAUGCUAUAUAAAAUGCUCUCAGAAAAUUUCAUCUCUCUCCAGGAAAUUCCCAAAACGCCAGACCAUGCCCCAUCCAGAACCUUCUAUUUAUACACUGUGAAUGUCCUGUCAGCUGCCCGGAUGUUAUUGCACAGGUGCUACAAGAGCAUUGCCAACUUGAUAGAAAGGAGGCAGUUUGAAACCAAAGAGAACAAGCGACUGCUAGAGAAGUCACAGAGGGUAGAAGCCAUCAUUGCAUCGAUGCAGGCCACGGGUGCCGAGGAGGUACAGCUACAGGAAAUAGAGGAAAUGAUCACCGCCCCUGAACGGCAGCAGCUAGAGACCCUGAAACGCAAUGUCAACAAGUUGGAUGCCAGUGAGAUCCAGGUGGAUGAAACGAUUUUCUUGCUGGAAUCAUACAUUGAGAGCACCAUGAAGAGACCGUGACCCACAAGAUGUAGGAGAAUGGAAAGAAAAUAAAGGAGGUGUCUGGAUAUAUUCUUGGCAGUGGGA